CAAAAUUAAACAAUCAGAUUACCUCACGUGACUGAACCCAUUGACUGUUGACCUUUUGGGGGAAACAACGUUUGAAAUACUCGCGCGAAUCGUCAACGAUCAAUGGAUUAAUUUAAUAUUUUAAGUACGCUAUUUAUAUCGGACGUCUCCUUAAAGCUAUGUAUGAUCGUGGUUAUUGAUCUCGUUCAUGCAUGUUCGUUACGAAAAUACGAUACGUAACGUACCUAAUACAAUGAACGCAUGAUUUUUGCAAUGAUAUCGAUUGUUUAAGUUACCAAUAAUUAGAUCGGGGAUUUUAUGAAUUUAUGGAGUACAGUGAUACGAAAGACGUACAAAAAAUAAUGUUUGUUGAAUGGAAUCUAUGAAUAAUCUAAUUAAUAUAACGAUUGAAUAUUUUGUUUUGUACGAGUGCAUAUACUUGUAUGCAUAAAGCAUGUAUUUGUCAUGUCAGCUUGUAUCGUAAAUGUAAUUAAUUAUACCCUCUGUCGCCCUCCUCUCACCAUCUUCUUUCAAAGAGCGUCUCGCUCUUUCCCUGAGAUCCAGGGAUGGUGACUCUAACGACGCGGAAGAAAAGGUUGGGCGAUGGAGACUGGAGCCGGCUCGGGGCCGCGAUCCCGACAAGAAAAAUGGAAGGAAACCUGGUGACCGUCGAAAACGAUCGUCAUCGGACGCCGGAGGACCAGGCGUGGCGUAAUUACCGGUGCCCCCGGCUGCUUCCAUUUUCUACGCGCUAAUUCGCCUCCCGAUGCCCGAUCGACGGACAUCGAAUAUUAUAAUCCACGAGUGAAUCUUAAUGGGCAACUCCCCUCCUCCUCCCCCACCGCCUUCGCACGCACGAUUCCCCCCUCCUCGAUCGCGGUAUCGUUCAAGAGGAUUCGCGAGGAGGCGACGCGUGGUUGAAUUACGGAUUCCCGCGUGGCGGUGGGGAAAAUAAGGUCAGGGGUAGAGGGGUCGAAAGAGCGACGAGCGAAGAGUUGGUCGAGAAAGAGGGCAAAUGAACGGACGGAGAUGCAAGUCCGCGCGAGGGGAAAGGGGAAAGAUGACAGACAGCACGAAUGGAAAACAGAGAAGCCAAGAAGAGAUUGGAGUGGGAAGGGGACCAAUCGUCGCGACGAGUGAAAAGCUGCGUAACCCUGUCUCUUUCCCUCGUCGUGUACGUACGAGGGUUCUCGAUUCCAUCGAACCGUGUAUGCGUGUGGAGACCCACACUUUCCUCGAUCGAUGCACGUACACACAUUGGCUCGCCGCUUUGCGUGGUGGCGAGUCUCCUCCACAGAGAACCUGUCCACCGACGCAGGAACGUACCGUGUACGUGUACGAAACAGACGUGUAUAGAUUUUCGGUAAAGAUGUGAAGGGGCAGCUAUAUCGAAACGCAGAGGCAGGCAGGAUACGUAGCGGCGAGUUUCCAAGAGAGAACGCAUGCGCGACACCGCCACGAAGCGAAGCUAAUUUCUCAGUGGCGGCUCGAAUCAUUAACUUGUUACCUUGGCAACCCCGGCCGACCUAAACCAUUGGCUGUCGCUUUCUCCCACUUCCCCUUCGUACGCUCUAUCGGUCGAACAACAAACUACGCGCGCCGCCACGCUCCUUUCCACGGAAUAUCGUAUAUUUCCUAACCUAGCGCGACGUGGACUAUAGACUAUCCGUGUUUCCCUCGAUACACACACUGUCACAGGACCCAGAUACGCGGUAUACAUGUCAGAGGCACAUGCCACCGUAGGGACGUGGUUGCUGGGAUUGGCGCGGCCACGACUCUCUUCCUACCCUCGCCGCGAAACAUCCUACCGUCUCGCUUCUUUGUCGAAAUUCAUGACCGGUAUUGGAAGAUAACCGAUAAAUCGGUUGCGUUUCGCUCUUUACGUUCGAUCUUUUCGAAUACUUCGUGCCGUUUUCACGCCUAACGUCGUUUUUUAUACCAAGCACAUCUUCGGAGAUAUUAAACAUAAUUAUGAUAACUGGUAGUAGACUAACGAAAUUGCAGCCGAUGAAAAUUACUCGCGAACGAAAAUUAUACUUCGAUAAAUAGCAAAGAUCUUAAACUUGUAAUCAUUCGAUACAAAAGAAGAAUCAUUUUACCCCAAUAUAGACCAUGUAGUCCGUUUAAAUCACGGUUUUGGAAAUUUAAAUCGAAUUGGGAGUACUGUGAAUUCCAGGUGCUCGAUGUAUAUUCGCGCAAACUAGCGUUGCUUCCGUUUUCUGAUGAAAAAAGUACAGAAUAUGCUCUGUACGGAUUGGGUGGAAAUCCUUUACACACACGCAGAGGACCAAUCGCGAACGAAAUUGCAUUACGGGGUUUCGAGGAGGGCAGUAUAAGCCCAACUUAGAAACAGCUGUGCCAGGAGCGUAACGAGUAAUCGCGACGUUGGGUUCACGUUUGGCGAUGGAAAUAUCGAGCUUUAUUUAUUUCCAUUCAAUCUACAUUUCUUCGCAAGGAUCAUCGACGAACACCGAAACUGAGACAAUUAUUAGGAACCACUCAUCGAAGGAAAUACAGAUUUUUCUUUUUCAUAGAAAAUUUCCAGAAUGAAAAAGAACAAUUUUUGUUGCAACACAUUUUCCCGAAAUUUGCAUUUUUCAAACAGUUCCGUGUUGCAAAUGAACUACUCUAUUUGUAUGCUACGUUCACGCGUAAAUACAAAAACAACAAAAUUUAUAAUCGAUAUUUCGACUAUAACCUAAAUUUAUAUAUAAGCUCAUAUAAUUCACCUAACGUAAACAUAAAACAAAACAAAUGCAAAUAUAAUAUUCGAUAAGAAAGUCGAAUGACACGACUGUCACGUGACGGGGCGACAACACGUCCGUGUUCGCCCCUGAUGGCAUCGUGAAGUUAUACUGCGAAAUAUUCUGCGGACUAUACCCACUCGUAUGUACAUCACGGGGUGCGUGCAUGUGUUGGUGAAGAGUGCUAUGUGUGCCCGAGGUAAGAGUAUGAGUACCGUUACGGGGCAUGCGCCUGCAGCCACCAUAUCCAAUGGCCCCGCCUUUCACGGUGCAAACGAUGCCUUUGGGAUUUGUCCUCGCUGAACCAAUGGGCAAACGAGGUUGCCAUACGCGAUGGGAGAGGUGAGGUUAUAAGAGGCGAAAUGGAGGGGAACAGACAGGGAGAAGGGCGGUGAAGCGAGGGGGGGAACGAAGAGAAGCGAGGGGUUCCGUGGAUCGUGUGGGAGCAGGGAGGCAGACAACGAAUGCGACUACGAAUGCUUACGAAACCUCGCGACGUCAACGUAUAACAAAACUCUGUUUAAAAUACCCAUAGUGUUUUUUUAAAGACGUACGAGAGACAACGAUUCACGAUAGAAAGUUUGGUCUAGUUAACGGUGGAAUCGGUGCGGUGACAGUGUCUACGGCGUGUUCGAAAACGUGAUAGGUGUGACUGCGCAGUCGCCAUGUGCAGCAGGUUGAAAAGAUUAAAAGUGAUAUUCUAACAAAAAAUAUCUAUAUACAAUGGCAAGGAAAAAAGACAUUAAAUUGCUGAGAGUUUAAUAGUGGAAAAAAUACUUCUUUUUCUAAAGGAAGUUUAACUUCGAAUAAUAAAAAGGUAUAGGAAAACAUGACAGAUGUUAAACCAAUUGGAAUCUCUCAAAAUCAGCCACAACAAACACAGCAACAGCAAUCACAGCAACAACAGCAGCAACAGCAACAACAACAACCUCAACAACAGCAGCAGCAACAGCCACAACAGCAGCAAAUGAUGAUCGCAACCCAUGAUAUUCAACAACAGCAAAAUGUACAACAACAACAACAACAGCACGUUCAACAGCAGCAACAGUCCCAGCAACAACAAGCACAGCAACAAGUACAAUCUCAACAAGUUCAACCACAACAACAGAUUCAGCAACAAGUACAGUCCCAACAGCAAAUGCAAGUUCAGCAGCAAGUUCAGCAGCAGGUUCAGCAACAAGUACAACAACAUGUUCAACAGCAGCAGCAACAGCAACAACAGCAGCAGCAGUCUCAACAGCAACAAUCUAAUAAUGGACAGCAUAAUGUUGUUCCUACUCAAGUCCAAGUGCAGCCACAGGUAGCAGCAAUCAUGCCUCAGCAACAGGGUGCUGUUGCAGUAUCAAUGCAACAACAUCAACAGCAAGGAGGUGUGUCUAUGACUCUAUCCGGUCAGCAGGGAGCAACAACCAUAACUACAAUGGCUGCACACCCACAAGCUGUACAAGUUAUUCAGCAACCUAUGCAAAACCAAGCAUAUCACUUACAACAACUCUAUAAUACUCAGGGAACUCCGUUACUGAUGCCAGGAAACUUAGCUCUUCAUCCUGCAGGACUUAAUCCUUCCUCUAUACAGGUCAUAACGGCUGGAAAGCCAUUUCAGUCAGCUGCUCAACUUACACCUCACAUGCUAACUACCGCGUCGACGCCAGGUCAAGGCGGAGGUCAUCCCGCAGGUGGAGGUACAAAAGUACAAGGAUUUCCUACGGGAUACUUACCAGUACCUACUUCUGCUACACCAGGAGCUGGACAGACUUUAGUAUUUGGUCAACUAGGUGUAUUGGGUUCCCCACAACCCCCUCCCUCUUUACAGCAGCAACAGCAACAACAGUCUGCAAACAAACAAGAUCAAGUACAAAAGUAUACCACGUGCACUGCAGCUACGCCAUCGGGCGGAAGGGGCGGUAUGCAAUUUGCUCCUUGGCAAUUUACACCACAAGUUGCUUGGACAGGGAUACAACCACCAGCACUUCUAACUAAUCAGAUAUUCAUUAGAGGACCUACUCAACCUGACAUGUUUAUACAAAGCCCACAACCUAUACAAGCUCAUAAUGCACUGGCUACGCAACAACAAAUUCAAGGGGUACAACAAAUUGCUGCAGCUAGUGCAAAACCAAAGGUGAUGGAUAUGCAACAGCAACAACAGCAGCAGGGUAAGCAAAGCACGGGUGGUCAACGACCGUUGAGUAUUUUGCCGUCCUCUCUACAAGCAGUACAAGCUGCCAGUAUACGAGCUGCCAGUUCCGUUUCAACGCAAACUGUUCACGGAGUACAAGCCACGGUACAUGUACAGAGUGGAAAAGGAAGCGGUAGUGGCGGUAAAGGUCGUGGUAAACCAUUGCAAUCGCCGCAACAACCGCAGCAACAGUCACAGCAAGCGAUGCAACAACAUCAACAGGUUUUUAUUCAACAGAAGCAGCAUGCGCAGCAGCAACAGAUGCAACAACAGUACCAACAACCGCAAUUGCAAGCAUCGCAACAGCAACAAAUACAGCCUAAACCAAUAAUGACAAACAUGACUCUACAACAGCAACAACAACCUGGAAUGGUUCUUGGCGGAGAACGCCCGAUUAUGCCUGUGGUAUCCGUAGGCGGAGUUGGUGUUGGUGUUGGAGUUGCUACUACAUCUCAAAUGAAUCAAGUACAACAGUCACAGAUGGCUAAUGUACAGCAAUUACCAUUACAGGCGAUCAAUUCGACAAUAAUUGGUAGUCAAAUAGUUAGCGGGACGUCACAGGUUCAAACGAUGUCUAUGGUGAAUCAGUUGACAGAUCAAACGCACGAUAAUACUAAUUCCACCAUAAUGAUUACAUCUCCUGAUCGUAGUCAUCAAGCCGAAUGUACCUUAGUAUUACCAUCGACUACAAAUGCUUCAAUUACAAGCGAAGAAAAUUCUAAAUUAAUGUUGAAAAAGGAAGAGACAAUGCCCCUUACGAUAGAAGAAAUUACAGUAGCUCAACCAGAAGUGACAGACGGGGACCAAUGUAAAAUAGUUAUAAAAGACGAAGAUAAUUCAACUAUGAAGACAGAAGAGAAAUGCAACAAUCCGUUAACAGGACUAGCGAACACGAUUAAUUCUAUUACGAAUGGUAUUAGCAACGACGAGUCUGUAACAAUUCCCGUGUCAGUGCCAGUUACUGCAAACAGCAAACAUGUGCCUCCAAAAGCAAUGGUCAAACCACAAGUUCUCACGCAUGUAAUCGAAGGCUUUGUUAUACAAGAAGCAUCUGAACCAUUUGCCGUUAAUCGAACAUCAUUAAAUAACACAGUUAAUCAAGACACAAAUAAUAUUUUAAAUCGUAAUAAUUCAUCGUCUGAAAAAGAGAACCAUGAAGAACCUCCAAGGAAAAAGCAUGCACCUAAUUAUCCCGGUGACGACGACGGAAAUAAUGCUCAAAUUGGAAAGUGCGAAUCUUGCGGUACUUUAGUGGACGAGCAAAAUAUCAAGUUCAAAAAGGAAAAGCGAUUCUGUUCAUCUGGUUGUGCGAAGAGCAAAAAACGUGAAGCGAGAGAUCGCGACGGUAACGAGAAACAGUGGACUGAAUUGAUAGAGACUGAAUCGAAAAAUGUUGACGGAGACAUGAUGAAGAAGAAUGGGGAAGAUAAAUUAUUGUCCACUACAACUACAACUUCCUCAGUCGAUGAAACACUGCCAAAAGUUAAUCCUGUAAAGUGGACGGUUGGAGAAGUAUGUGAUUUUAUUCGUGGUUUACCGGGGUGUGCUGACUAUGCAGAAGAUUUUGCUAUUCAAGAAAUCGAUGGUCAAGCACUUAUGUUACUCAAAGAGGACCACCUUAUGUCAGCCAUGAGUAUUAAAUUAGGUCCUGCAUUAAAAAUUGUAGCCAGGAUCGAUUCGAUGCGUGUAGAGUCGCUAUCAAAUUCUAAUCCCACAUCUAAUAAUACGUAAACGUUUACUGCUUGAGAUUUUUAUCUGCGGAAUUUCAAGUUGCAGCCUAUGGGCUACAGGGUUUGUGCAAGUAUUUGAUCGGAUUGUAGAUUUAAGAUUUCUAAGAAAAACAUGAAAUAUCUUUUUUUUUUAUAAAAAUACAGUGUUUUUGUAUUUUUUUAAAUUUCAUUUCCAUGAAACUCAUUUUCUUUCGUAUAGAACAAUAAUACCGAUUACUAAGUUUUAGUAUUUCAAAGUGUACCGCUAUAAUUUAAAGAUCGAUCUAUGUAAGACUAACUCUAUGUUUCGUACUAUUUCCUAAUAUAUCAAACGACUAUAUUGAUAUUUCGAAUAAAAGCAUAGAUAUCAUUUAAUUUUUAGUUCGACUGUACCAUACUGGCAAUACGAUAUAACCUUUGAUAAGUCUUACACCGAUUGAUUUUUAUAAAUGUAAAUAAAAAUCAAUUUCUGUUUUUUCAUUUGUAAUUUGAAAUGUAUGUAUAUUGCAUUUAGGAAUUUCUUUUUUUUUUUUAAUAUUAUUCUAUGAGGUAUGGUUGACUAGAACUAUCAAGAAACUGAGUACAAAUUAUGUCCAUUACACAAAAAGGAAAAAGACGUUGUAUAUAAACUAUCCAGCAUAUAUACGAUGUAUUUUGUACUCGAAAAUUACAUUUGGAAGGUGUACAAAAAUUAUUGCCUUCUAUAAGACUUACGGUAAUACUGAAAGAAAAUUUGGCAUUUUUAAAACGUUAGCCUUUGUGAUGAAUAAGUAGAAAUUUAUGUGCGUGACAAUUUUAAAUUGAUAUAUAAGACACUUGAAGCAACGCGAUUAACGGUAUCGACCAUGUACUUUGUAAAUGUAUCAUGUGCACUCAACUUGCAUACGUGUAAAUAUUAAACAUAAAAUGUUUAUUUAAUAUACAAAUUUUAUAAUA